AUGCAUUCUAGAUUCGCAAUCGCCAUGAUCGCCGGGCUGGCUGCCAACAUGGCAUGCGCAGAGGACCUCGGGUUCAAAGAGUAUACCACUACAGACUGCAGCGACAGUGACCCCAUCAGUCACAGCGCGUACGCCCUUACUGACGACGGCUCGGCCGACGUGAACUGUAUUGGGCUUGAAGACACCACCGUGGCUGUCACAGGCUACUGGAGUGUCAACGACGGCGGCUAUUUAUACGCAUACAACACCACGGAUUGCAGUAAUAACCUCCUCGACAGCAUCCCACUCAAGACCUGCUGGACGGUGGACAACUUUAUGGGCUGGGGCGAGACGGUCAAGGGUAUCAGUUUUGUAGCAAGGGUGGCUUGA